AUGAUUGACCCCCGACCCUUACCCAACCCCGCCUCCCACCUCGCCUUACCCCAUCCAACCCCACUCCACAACACCCGACCCCAUCCCAGCCCAACCCACACCACCCGUCCCCAUCCCAUCCAACCCCACUGCACACCACCCGACCCCAUUCCAUCCCCAGCCCAACCCACACCACCCACUCCACACAGUGAAUGUAGUUCUUGUACACCCGACCCCAUCUCAUCCAAGCCCACCCCAACCCCGACCACACCACACCACCCGCAGCCCAGCCCAGCCCAGCCCAACCCACCCGUCCCCAUCCCGUCCAAGCCCACCCCACACCACCCGACCCAAUUCCAUCCCCAGCCCACCCCAACCCAGACCACACCAUCGAUUCACCCCGCAGCCCAGCCCAGCCUAGCCCACCAGCCCUCACUUCAAUCUACACACGAAAUCUUUCCAUUAGCCUACAUCACUUGA